AUGGUCCGCCCCGCAGCGGCCGCCCUCUGGGUGAGCACCCUCCUGAAGCUGACCUUGGUGACUUUUGCGGGCCUGUGGCCGAUACGAGAUCGGCUGUGGCACCUGAAGCGGUACCGGAGCCUAGUGAACCUGUACACCCUGCCCGACUCCAACCUCGAUGUCCUGGCUCUGGCCUGGCUGCACACCGGGGUGCUGCUGGUGCUGCUGGCCCACAUCAUGACGCCCCAGAAUCCUCCACGGGGCUACAUGAGGCGGUCGCCACCCUUCACCAGGGUGCGGCUGGGCAUCCGCGUACUGGGCCCCCUGGUCCAACUCCUGCUGCUGGCCAAGGCGGUGGCGGUGGCGGUGUGGGGUCGUGAGGAGGUGCUUCCCCCCGACCCCGAAGAGAGCGCCGCCGUCGCCGCCGCCGCCGCCGGCCGCGUCGGCCUGCUCUGCAUGUUUGCCUCCAUUGUGGGCGCCCUGGUGGGCUCCUUCGUCGAACAGGCGGCGGCGCGGUCGCUGGCGAGCAGCUGGCGGCGGCGCUGGCGGCGGCGCACGGGCGCCACCCGCUCCGGCGCCGCCGCGCCCCUGCUGGGCGGCGACGCACUGCCCCCCGACGACGACGACGAAAACGCCUCAGAGAGCCACAAGGGCGCGCACGGCGACACCCCCACUGUGUCCACGCUGGUGCGCAUGGCGUCCAGCGACACGCCCAUCCUGGCGCUGGCCUUUGCCGCCGGCGCGGCGGCCGCGCUGGGCCAGGCCCUGAUCCCCUACUACACGGGUCGCAUCAUCGACGCGGCGAGUAUCGACCCCGACCCCGCUGCGCUGCGCCGCUUCACGCUGCGCCUGCUGGGCGUGGCCGGCGCCUGCGCGGCCGCCACGGGCCUCCGCGGCGGCCUCUUCACCGUGGCCAUGACGCGGCUGAACGUGCGCCUGCGCGCCGCGCUCUUCGCCUCGCUGCUGGCCCAGGAGGCGGGGUUCUACGACGGCACGCGCACGGGGGACAUCACCUCCCGCCUCUCCGCCGACACCACCACCGUGUCGGACCAGGUCUGCCUCAACCUGAACAUCAUGCUGCGCUCCCUCACCCAGGCGGCGGUGGUGCUGGCCUUCAUGUUUGACGCCUCCUGGCGCCUCACCGUCGUCACCUUUGUCAUGGUCCCCCUCGUCCUCGCCAUCUGCAAGGUGUACGGUUCUUACUACCGCAAGCUGAGCAAGCGCGUGCAGUCGGAGCUGGCGGAGGCCAACAGCGUGGCGGAGGAGGCGCUGUCCUCCAUGACCACGGUCAAGGCGCACGCGGCCGAGGACUCCACGCGCGCGGCCUACGCGGCCAAGCUGGCGCGCUUCUACUCGCUCCAGCUGCGCGAGGCGGCGGCCUACGCGCUCUACAUGGCCACCAACACCUUCCUGGGCGCCAGCGUGGUGGCGGGCGUGCUCUUCUACGGCGGGCGCCUGGUGCUGGCGGGGUCCAUGUCCGCCGGCGCGCUGGUCUCCUUCAUGCUCUACCAGCAGAGCCUGUCCGGCGCCUUCCAGGCCCUGGGCGACGUCUUCUCCGCGCUGGCCGCCGCCGUGGGCGCGGCCGACAAGCCGGGGGAGGUGGUGGCCCUGGUGGGCCCCUCCGGCGGCGGCAAGUCCAGCGUGGUGAAGCUGGUGGAGCGGCUCUACCUCCCCUCCGCGGGGGCGGUCAAGCUGGAUGGCCUGGAUGUGGGCGCCUACGACGCCAAGUGGCUCAAGCGCCGCGUGGCCCUGGUCAGCCAGGAGCCGGUGCUCUACGCGCGCUCCGUCGCGCGCAACAUCGCCUACGGCCUGGAGCCGGAGGACGACGUGCCGCAGGAGGAGGUGCCCACCCUCGCCGACAUCCACGCCGCGGCCAGGCUGGCCAAUGCGCACGACUUCAUCCUGGCGCUGCCGGACGGGUACGACACGGAGUGCGGCGACCGCGGGGUGCAGCUGUCGGGCGGGCAGAAGCAGCGCAUCGCGCUGGCGCGGGCGCUGGUCCGCAAGCCCGCCGUGUUGCUGCUGGAUGAAGCCACCUCGGCCCUGGAUGCCGACUCCGAGGCGCUGGUGCAGGAGGCGCUGGACGCGACGAUGCGCGGCCGCACGGUGCUGGUCAUCGCUCACCGGCUGUCCACGGUGCGCAACGCGGACCGCAUCCUGGUGAUCCAGGGCGGGGCCGUGGUGUCGCCGGGGGCGGAGCCGGAGCUUCCCCACGUCCCGCAGGUGCAGUGA